UAACCACCCAACGAAACGAGUACCCAGAGAAGGAGAGCACAGAAGAUAAAGAAGAUACUAGAAUGGCUUCCGCCUCCCUUACCUUCUCCUCUCCCACCAUCCCUUGCCGUUCUCACCCUCUUAUCGCUACCACCCUCCGCCACCCGAUCCCCGCCCGUAUCGCCGCCUCCAUAUCGGAAAAUCCCGUUACAGCAAAACCCUCCUCCACCUCCUCCUCGUCGAAACUCCCGAUACGAAAAAUCCCCGGCGACUACGGGCUCCCCUUCUUCGGCCCGAUCUGCGACCGGCUCAACUACUUCUAUUUCGAGGGGCCCGACGAGUUCUUCAAGUCCCGGAUCCGGCGGCACCGGUCAACGGUGUUCCGGGUCAACAUGCCUCCCGGCCCUUUCCUUGCCCCCGACCCCAGCGUCGUCGCCCUUCUCGACGCCGCCAGCUUCCCCGUCCUCUUCGACACCUCCCUCGUCGAGAAGCGCGACCUCUUCACCGGCACCUUCAUGCCCUCCACCGACUUCACCGGCGGCUUCCGCAUCCUUUCCUACCUCGAUCCCUCCGAGCCCAACCACGCCCCCCUCAAAAAGCUACUCUUUUUCCUCCUCUCCUCCCGCCGCCACUCCAUCAUCCCCGAGUUCCGCCGCACCUUCGGCUCCCUCUUCGAUACCCUCGAAACGGAGCUCGCCGAGAAGGGGAAGGCUGACUUUAACGAAGCCAACGACCGCGCCGCUUUCGAUUUCCUCGCAAGAUCGCUCCUUGGCAAGGAUCCCGUCGAGACCAAGCUCGGCCUCGACGGCCCCAAAUUGAUCACCAAAUGGCUCGUCUUCCAGCUCGGUCCCCUGUUGACUUUAGGCCUCCCCAACUACUUAGAGGACUUCCUACUCCACUCCUUCCGCCUCCCGCCGGCGCUGGUCCGCGACGACUACAACCGGCUCGCCGAUUUCUUCCGAGAAUCCGCCGGCCCGGCGCUGGACGAGGCGGAGCGGCUGGGGAUCUCGAGAGAAGAGGCGGUCCACAACAUCCUGUUCGCCACAUGCUUCAACGCCUUCGGCGGGAUGAGAUUUCUGUUCCCGAGCUUCAUCAAGUGGGUGGGGCGCGCUGGAGCGCGGCUCCACGGCCGGCUCGCGCAGGAGAUCCGGUCGGCGGUGAGGGCCAACGGCGGCGAGGUGAGCAUGCGAGCCAUGGAGGCGAUGCCGCUGAUGAAGUCGGUGGUGUACGAGACGCUCCGGAUCGAGCCCCCCGUGCCGUUCCAGUACGGGCGGGCGAAGCGGGACAUGGUGUUGGAGACCCACGACGCCCGGUUCGAGGUGCGGGCCGGGGAGAUGCUCUUCGGGUACCAGCCCUUCGCGACCAAGGACCCGAGGGUGUUCGACCGUGCGGAGGAGUUCGUGGCGGAGCGCUUCGUCGGGGAGGCUGGGGAGGCCAUGCUCCGCCACGUGCUAUGGUCGAACGGGCCGGAGACGGCGGUGCCGACGACGGAGAACAAGCAGUGCGCCGGCAAGGACUUCGUGGUGCUGGUGGCGCGGAUGCUGAUGGUGGAGCUCUUCCUCCGCUACGACUCCUUCGAGAUCGAGUUGGGCUCGUCGGUGAAGUUGACGUCGUUGAAAAGAGCCACCUUUUGAGUGGGCGGCGCGAGUUGCUGGUCCAUUUGAUGUGGCUACGGGGUGUUUCUGGGAAAAUAGAGUGGACGGGGUAAAAUUAAAAUAUUGGCGUGUCCCGCCGCGCGAGAAGGACAUGGAAGAAGGCACUGCGAUGCCGCAUGGUUUCCAAAAUGGAUCAUGGCGUUGUUUAGGAAAGUUGUUAGUAGUAAAAUUGUUAGAAGUAGAGUUAUUAGAAGUAGAGCUGUUUGAAGCAAAGGAUUUAUAA